ACAUGCAGCAUAACCUCUAAUUGGAGUAGUAUCAUCUGGCAUCAAACACACUGGAGAUUUAAAAAUGCCUACAGGAAAACAAAUACAGGAUUCAAGACUUGAAUCUCCGGAAAACAAUCCGUGUCUUAAAGAACACAGGCUAUCACUGAAAUGUAUUGCGGAUAAUUAUGAAAAUAAAAACGAAGCUUGUGCUGUAUAUUUUGACAAUUAUAAAGCUUGUAAGAAAUUUUGGAAUAACGUUUAUUCAGACCGUAAACGCCGUGGAGUAGAACCUUAUUUACCGCCACCAGAUGAAAGAGAAAAAAUAAAAAGUGAUUAUUUAAGUAAAUUUAAGAAAUAAUUAUUUUUCAUUACUCAUAUAUAUUUAUAAUUAUGUUAUGUAGUACAUCAUUCUUCAUAUAUAUAUGUAUAUAUAAAUACUGUAAAUACAUUUAUUAAAACCAGGAUAAAAUGAAUGUAAUAAAAAAAUAUUUAUUUAAAAACAAAUAAUUAAUUUAUUUAAUUAAUUUUAUUCAUUUUCUUUUUUUUUGUAUAAUUAUCAGAGUUUAAUUUAAUUAAAUAUGCUUUGGUAGUUUACGAAGAGUUUAGUAGUCUCACACAUGCAAUGAUCAUUUUAUUUUACCUGUCGUUAUCAAUCAGUUAAUUCAUAAAUUCAUUCAUUAUUAAUUAUUAUUAAUUAAUUAUUAAUUGAUUGUUAAUUUAGUUUGUCAACUCAGUAGAAUUACAAUGCAUAUUAUUAUUUAAUAUAUAUAUAAUAUAUAUACACAUUUAACUACUGAUAUACAUUUAACAUUUUUGGGACUAGUUUGUACAUUUAUUUUUGUUUUUACUUUUCUUUGUAUUUUUAUUUGUUGUAAUUAAUUAUUUAUUAAUUACGAAUGAGUGUGAAUUCAUAAUACUGAAGUUAGCAGACAAUUUUCGAAUUUUGAUUUCAACCAUUUAAAUUUAAAAAAAAAAGAAACUAUAAAUAUGCACAUGUAGAAAAUUUAAUGAACUGUAGGUGCAAUUUUUAAAAAUAUUUUUAUUUUAUAAUUUAUCGUUUUUAUAAAAAUCCAAAAAUUAUUAGACGUCAGCUAACUUCAGUAUCAUGAAUGUACCAGACAUUAAAAAAUUUAAAAUUACAAAAAAUAGAGUAAAUAAUUAAAAAAAUAAUAUUUACAAAAAAUGCACUUAUUAAUUUUUAAAUUUUUUAAAUGUACAUUUUUUAAAAUUUUAUAUUUUUAAUUGUUUACUCUAAUAAUAAUAAUAAUUUAAAAUUUGUCUGACGUCUGGUAUAUUCACACUCAUUAAUUACAAUGUAACACCGCGUAAACUGUCCCACGUUUAUUUGUAAAUAAUAUUUAUAAAUUAUAAUUUAAAAAUAAUAUUAGUUGUAUAAAUUACGUUCCUCCGUUUAUUUAAACUAGUUUAUCGACACUCAUUACCCAUGUAAAUAUUUUGUUGAUAAGUGUGAUAAAUUAUAGUAUCUUUAUAAUUAUACAACUUACGAAUGUACUUUUUUCUUCAAUUAAACAGUAAUAAAUUACAAAUGCCAGCUAAAUUAUUUAAAAAAUUAGCUAAUUAAAAAAAUUAUACAUCAAGUGUUUAACAAAAAAAAUUAAAUGUCUAAAAAACAGAUCAUGCGUCUCAUUGUUUAAGUUAUAAAUGACAUAAUGAUAAUGACUUGUAUAUUUUUAAAUACAUUAAUGUAUGUAAUAAUAAUAAUAAUAAUAAUAAAUAAUGAUAAUUAUGCAGUUAACUUGUCAGAAAAUUCAAAUUUAUUUAAAAAUUCGCGUCAAAAAAUAUUUUUCAACUUUUUUUAUUUUUACACCAGAAUCUUUUGAAAAAUUUUUUGAGAUCUCAAAUUAUUAUAUUAUUUAUAUAAAUAUAUAUAUUCUUAAAAUUGUAUUUCUAAUUAAAAAAAAAAAUUAAUUUAUUAAUUU